AUGGAGGCUCUUCCAGAUGAAAUCCUGCAUAAAAUAUUUGCCGAACUGGAGGACCAAAUGCCUCUAGACAAAUGGCAGUUGUAUGGAAAUCGACUGGAUCAUCAAGGCUCAGCCGCACUCCGCAACCUCUGCCUGGUUUGCCGCCAGUUCCGGCGUAUCGCACAACCUCUGCUGUACCGCACCAUUGUCAUUGAAGGCCGCAAAGGCGCAAAGAUCAUUGGCACUCUUCUUCUCAGAACGUUCGUCGAGAAUCCGCAGCUCGCAGAGCAAGUUCGCGCUAUCUCUCUGACCGAUUGUGUCAAGUUCUCACAGCAGGUGGAGAUAUUGGGCAUAGAUGCAACUAAGGCACUCGUUCGAUCAGGAAUGGAGAAGCUGGACAUCCCCCAUGCGCUCAAACGUAUGAUGAUGAGAGUUAUUGCAUCUGGUGGCUUUGCAGCUCUUAUCCUAGCGUAUAUGCCUCACGUGCAGGUCGUCGACUGCACUACGGAUGGCAGUCCAACCACACUCCCCUGGCUGUUGAGUGCAAGCCCGGAUGCAGGGAGACCUAUAGGCUGGCUUGAACGAACUAGAAAGGUUGACUUGUCUGAUGACGAAGAUUGCUCCAAGAAGCAGGAAGAGAAUGAAUUUUCCGACGACGAAUACUAUGCCAAGAAACAAGAAGAGUAUGACUUUUCUGAUGAGGAAGAUUACGUGGAAGACUACAGUAAAGAAUUAAGCAUGGAAGAAUACCAGCAGAAGGGCAUUUCCAAGGGCACAUUCGCAAACUAUCGCUUUGCAAACCUCACCGAGAUUCGCAUUAGGGUGGUGGAAGAUCCAGGGGCCAUCAAGUAUGUUUGGACUAUUGAACCUCUGCUUCUCAAUUCUACGCUCAAAACACUUAGAACAUUUGGUACUGCCUGUUAUGGCAACGAACUCGAAGGCUUGAUAUGGCCUGAGCACAAGAACUACAACCUGGAGUACUUCGACCUCAUGGAAUCAUACAUCGAUGCUGAAGGACUAAAGACCAUUCUCACUCGCUGUCCGAAGCUCAAGGGUAUCUCGAUUAGGUUACCCGACGAGGAAAGGCAGUUAAUAGUUGACCAUGAAAUGGGCUAUGGUGAGGAGGAAGAGUGUAUCCUCAACUUUGAUGACUUUGGUGAUGUUCUUCGAAAACAUGGUCAAAAUCUCGAAGAGUUCGACUUCAACACCUUCUUUUUUGAGAGUUACAGCACAUGGGCCCGGCAUCGCGGCCCAGGUGAGGGACUGAUAGGUUCCCUCAGAGAUCUCAAAUCCCUCAGACACCUCGGAGUCAGUAAGGAGGCUUUAAUCGGAGAAAUUGAGCCUCUGUCACGACUGAGUGAGGUUCUGCCGGAAUCGAUUGAGACUCUUCACCUGUACUGUGGUGGGAUCUGGAAGACAGAGGACUGGAUCGAAUCUGAACGUGAGCUGCAUAACCAAGACGUCUACAAAUUGCUUCUCGACGGUAUGCCCAAUCUCCGCGAGAUUCGGGUAGAGAGAUGCAAGACUGGUUUCGAUGGUUCCAAUAAUUAUGAGUCAUAUUCAGAUUUAGGUUCAGAUUAUGCGGCGUUUGCUGCUGCUGAUGAUGGUGUUUCAUGUGUUAGUGAUAAUGACCCAGAAGGUCUUUAUAAACCACAGUUUGGACCGGAAGAAUUUAUGUACUCGAAGGAAGCGCAGUGGCCACCUGAGCUGCAUGUCGCUGGCUGGGUCGUGGACAUUGUCGAGACGAGCCUAUAUAAGAUACGUGGAAGAGGAGCAUGUGACUUUCGCAUUGUCACUCUGUCAAGGAAGCCAUGA